AUGCUUAGAGUCCUUCUCCAGUGCCUCCUGGCUGCCCCAGUCGCAUUGGGCUUGAGAUUCGCCAUGUAUAUAGACGAAUAUCAUACUGUUGAUCUCCCAGGCAGUGACCGCACAGAAGGCAUAACUCACGCGAUCAUGGCAUUUGCGAAUUCCACUAUUUUCAACUCUGAUUCUCCCCCCAAGUUCGUGCCGUUUGAGCCCGUCGAAACUUUGCGGAAGCGCUUCGGACCUGAUACCAAGGUCAUGGUUGCUAUUGGAGGCUGGGGCGAUACCAAAGGGUUCUCGGAAGGUGCAAAGGAUGAUGCGUCCCGGGCCCGUUAUGCCAAGAAUGUCGCGACCAUGAUCGAGGACCUAGGUAUUGACGGUGUCGAUAUCGACUGGGAGUAUCCUGGUGGGAACGGCGGGGAUUAUAUUGAGGUACCCAACGGCCGUAAGAUCGACGAAGUCGAACUCUACCCACUCUUCCUCCAAGCAAUUCGUGAAGCUAUCGGUCCGGACAAGCUCCUUUCAAUAUCUGUCCCUGGAAAAAGCGCCGACAUGAUCGCGUUUACAAAGGAACAAAGUGCCAAAAUCUGGCCGUCUGUGGAUAUGGUGAACGUGAUGUCGUACGAUCUGAUGAACCGUCGCGAUAAAGUUACGAACCACCACACAAGUGUGGUAGGGUCACUCGACGCUAUCAAGGCGUAUGAGGAGAUCGGUCUCGACACUGCCAAGAUCAACCUGGGAUUCGCGUAUUACGCCAAGUGGUUCAUGACCGACCCCAAGUCUAACUGCAAUGAACACCCACUUGGAUGCGGGGUUUUGGCCCUGGAGAACCCCGAUGGAUCAGACAAAAGCGCAAUGGCAGCUGCUCCAGGUAACUUGAAAGUCUCCGCGGAUGGAACCUGUGGCUUUUCCAAAGGGACCAAAUGCCCGGCUGGUUCAUGCUGCAGCCAGUAUGGCUAUUGCGGUACUGGCAAUGACUUCUGCCAAGCAGGCUGUCUCUCGGACUAUGGUGAGUGCAAGGGCAUCUCGGUAAUCGACUCGUGGCGCCGCGCUUCCAAGGGCGGCAAGACGGACGAGCAAGCCGGCGGGCAGUACUUCUGGGACAAGCAGGCCAGCCUUUUCUGGACUUGGGACACUCCUGAGUUGAUUACUCGCAAAUUCAAAGAAAUAGUGGAUGCAGAAAAAUUGGGUGGCGUGAUGGCAUGGAGUCUGGGUGAGGACAGCCUGAGCUGGGAGCAUUUGAAGGCUAUGCAGGAUUGUCUCAGAGGCCGGUCGAUUGACCAGAACUCUCCUGCCUCAUGUGCCUAA